AUGGGAAAAAAGAAUAAGGGCAAACAAACAAACGUUGAGGAAAAUGUCGUCGUUUCCCCGGCCGACCUCAAGCAUCCUCUAGAAUAUUCUUGGAGUCUAUGGGUGUUUCUGAACGAGAAAACAUCCUGGGAAGACAACUUGGUCCGCGUAGCCGGGUUCAAUACUGUUGAAGACUUUUGGUGUCUAUAUCACCAUACGAAAUUGCCUACCGAGUUGAAAACGGGACAGGAUUACCUCAUCUUCAAGGAGAGCAUCGAACCGAUAUGGGAGCAUCCGGCAAACAAAAAAGGGGGGCGAUGGAUUAUCAAUUUCGAUAAGUCUAAGAUAUCUCUUGAUACAUUGUGGCUGCAAUUAACCUUGCUCAUGAUCGGUAACAAUUUGGUUCACAAUGACAUAGUCUGUGGUGCUGUUGUUAACAGUCGUACUAAAUCUAAAAUUUCCCUCUGGUUGUCCGAUGGUUCCAGUACCAAGAAACUGUGUGCUGUUGGCAAAGAAUUGAAGAAACAGUUAGGUCGUAUCAUAAAAUUAAACUUCCAUUUGCAUACGUCCUCGAGUAACAUGUUAACUCUCUAG